GAGCUGCGAGAGAGCGUCAUACUUCUGCGACUGUCGUUGUAGAAGGGUGUUAACUUCUUAGGGUACAUUAACGAUACUAUUCACGUUGUAAUAUUUGCAAGUGUUCCUGUUUGCUUCGGGCAAAAGUAUCACAGGAGGUGCUGUAAUUUUGAUUUUCCGACAUGAAGGACACAUUGAACAAACUCCAUAAAUUUAACGCCCACCCGGAUUCACGCUGCUGGUAUGUAGCAUGGAAUCCGACGGGCACAUUGCUUGCUUCGUGUGGUGGGGACCGGGCAAUUCGUAUAUGGGCCAGAAAGGGGGACUCUUGGGAAUGUAGUUUUGUGCUGCCGGAGGGGCACCAGCGCACGAUCAGAAAGGUUGCUUGGUCGCCUUGUGGAAACUACCUUGCUUCAGCAAGUUUUGAUGCCACUACCUGUAUUUGGGGGAAAAAAGGAGAUGACUUUGAGUGCCUGACUGUGUUGGAGGGCCAUGAGAAUGAAGUGAAGUGUGUAGCCUGGGCCCCCUCGGGCAGUUUGCUGGCCACCUGCAGCCGGGACAAAAGUGUGUGGGUCUGGGAGGUGGAUGAAGAGGAUGAGUAUGAGUGUGUGAGCGUAGUGAAUUCUCACACACAGGAUGUCAAGCAUGUGGCAUGGCACCCCACACAGGAGCUUCUGGCUUCAGCAAGCUAUGACAACACUGUGAGACUGUACAAGGAGGAGGAUGAUGAUUGGCUGUGCAAGGCCACACUGGAGGGACACACCGCCACCGUCUGGAGCUUGGCCUUUGACCCAACUGGUCAGAUGUUGGCUUCCUGCAGCGAUGACCAAACAGUCAAGAUCUGGAAAGUGUGCCAGUCUGAGGAUGAGCAGGGGGAGAGGAGUGCCAGCACUGGCCCAGAGUGGAAGUGUGUCUGCACCUUGUCAGGGUUCCAUAGCCGUACAGUGUAUGAUGUUGCAUGGUGUCAGCAGACAGGUCUCCUGGCGACUGCUUGUGCUGAUGACGGGGUGCGUGUGUUUAAGGAAGACACAAACUCUGACCCCCACCAGACCACUUUCUCCCUGUCUGCCCAUGUACCCAAGGCCCACAAUCAAGAUGUGAAUUGUGUUGCUUGGCAUCCCAAGGAGGCCGGAUUAUUGGCCUCCUGUAGUGAUGAUGGGGAGAUCGCCAUCUGGAGCUACCAGUCCGAGGCAUGAGACCUUAUUCUGAAGAUGCACUUUGACAACACUGAAUUCUGUCAUUACCUGAUUUUUGGUUAUAUUCAACAUGUACUUCUUAUUUGUAGGUCGAUUUUCAUUUGACCAAUAAAGAAUUCUGAAUGAA